AUGCUACGAUGUGAGACUGGGGCUCAGCAUGAGACAGCUCUAGCCGAAUGGCCGGCAGCUUUUGCUCUUCCAUUUGCAGGAGAGCAUCAGCAACAAGGGAGGAACUUGGCAGGGCUUGCGAGCCGUGGGGAGAGGCUUCCUGGCGUGCCUGCGCGCCUGGGAAUGAUCACCGGGCUGAGCGUGUUUCGCGAUGAGCAAGAAAAUGACUGGCAGGAAGUGCUGAGACGGUGGGAAGCUCUGCCUGAAGAGGAGAGAAAUGCGUAUGAGGCGAGGGCUGCGACGAAUAACGCUGCUACGAGAGCUACGUUUGAUGAAGGGAGAGUAGUGAAGUACAUACUACAGUGA